CAGAUCGUGUCGAUGUAUUGAAAACCUCCGCCAGCCAGACAGCCACAAGAAAAACCACAAGAACAGUGGAAACCCAGACGACACCAGAAUGCCAGUCUGUUGCCACGCAGGUGCAAAUGACCAUGAAAAUCAUGGUUUCCACAGCGACACAGACGAAGCAUCCCUCCACCACACAAAGUGCAGUGCUGAAUCAGCGUGAAGCUGCAUGCCCUGAAGCCCAAAGAGACACUGCAAUACAAGUCACCCCACUACCAUUGCUCCCAGCAGACUUCAGACCUCUCCGUGGUUCAACGCCUGUGCCAAUGGAGAUGGAUGACUCUUGUGCAGGUGAUGAAGACGAGCCAGCAGCUCAAGAAGACACCAGCUAUGUGCCAUCAUUCAGCGAGAGCUUCUUCAGUGCUCACCAUGAGAGUUCAGAAGUCCCCACAAGGGUAGAAGAGCCCUUGCACACUGAACGAAAGUUCAUUGUCUUUGAGAGCUGCCUGCGGGAAUUGCUCACCACCUGCAAGGUCUGUGGCCAAGCAGUAGGCGACAUCAGCUCCAAGGUUGUGGGCACUUUGCUCAUAGUGGAGGGCAUGUGUGACAAAGAACACAUGCUCCAGUGGAGGAGCCAGCCACUUGUUCGUGGGAGUGGAGCUGGAAACAUUCUUCUGGCAGCAGGAGUGCUAUUUUCUGGCUGUGCAGUGGCUGCGACCUUGAGGUGCCUAAAUUCUAUCGGCGUGCAGACCAUCACAGAACGGACCUUCUACAACUACCAGAGGGCCUACUUGCUGCCUGCCAUAAACGAGCUUUUCCACCGUAAGCAAGCUGAAAUGGCCAGUGAGCUUGCUGGCUUGCAAGUCGACCUGGCAGGUGACGGGCGCUGUGACUCUCCAGGCUACAGUGCCAAGUACAUGACAUACAGUGUGCUUUCUAUGCAGAAUGGCUGCAUUUUGCACACAGAACAAGUGCAAGUUGGAGAGUCGCCUGAAGUCCCUAACAGUGUUUCUAUGGAAAAACAAGGGCUUGCCAAGUGCUUGAUGGGUGUCGAGAAGCUGGGCAUCAGGAUACGUUCGCUGACAACAGACCGACAUCCUGGUGUCAACCGGUACUGCCGCGUGGAGAAGCCAGAGAUUAAGCACUGGUUUGAUACUUGGCAUGUUGCUAAAGGUCUGAAAAAAAAGCUCCUGGCUGCUAGCCGCACACAUCAAGUUAUCACACCUUGGAUCCAAAGCAUCCUAAACCACCUCUACUGGGUGGCUGCCAUGGGCCAAGGUGAUGGUGAGCUUGUCAUCAGCAUGUGGAGAAGCCUCCUCAACCACGUGCCCAACAAACACGAUGGCCAUGAUGGGCCCUACAAAAAUGCCUCCAUGACUCCCUUGACGACAGGGAAUGGUUGA